UUGACAGGUGGCACAUCCAAAAAAAACAAAAUAAAAGCUCCAGGGGUUGGAGAAUUGGAAAGGGCAUCCCAGGAGUGCCCAAACACAGCACUGGACCCAGCAGCACUGAAAUUCUCUUUUUGUUUUGCUCUCUCUGCAGACAAAAGGCGCUGGCAUCGACAGGUGGAAGGAGUGUUCAAGCAGCAUGCGACUGGUUGGCUCUUCUCCCACGUGGGUGACCCGUUCCUGGAUGACACCCUGCCCCGGGAGUACGUGCUCUACCUGCGCCCCACCGGGCCCCUGGCGCAGAAGCUCUCCGAGUUCUGGCAGCAGUCCAAGCAGAUCUGUGGCAAGAACAAAGCCCACAACAUCUUCCCCCACAUCACCCUCUGCCAGUUCUUCAUGUGUGAGGACGGCAAGGUGGACGCUCUGACGGAAGCCCUGCAGGCCACGGUGAUGCGCUGGAAAUGCAAAUUCCCCACACCCCUGCCCCUGGAGCUCUACACAUCCUCCAACUUCAUCGGGCUCUUCGUCAAGGAGGAGAGUGCUGAGGUGCUCAAGAAGUUUGCUGCAGACUUCGCUGCAGAGGCGGCUUCCAAAGCAGAUGUCCACGUGGAGCCCCACAAGAAGCAGCUCCACGUCACCCUGGCCUAUCACUUCCAGAGCAGCCACCUGCCCACGCUGGAGAAGCUGGCCCAGAGCAUCGAUGUCAAGCUGGGCUGUGACUGGGUGGCCGCGAUCUUCUCCCGUGACAUUCGCUUCGUCAACCACGAGACUCUGCAAGUGAUCUACCCCUACACGCCCCAGAACGACGACGAGCUGGAGCUGGUCCCAGGGGAUUUCAUUUUCAUGUCCCCAGUGGAGCAGAGCAGCACGAGUGAGGGCUGGAUUUAUGGCAUCUCCCUUGCCACCGGCUGCUCGGGGCUGCUGCCCGAGAACUACGUCACCAAGGCGGAUGAAUGUGGCACCUGGGUGUUCCAUGGGUCCUACUCCAUCCUGAACACCUCAUCUUGCCCUUCCCUCCAAGCCUUUGCUGAUGGAGCUCUGGAGAGGAGGCAGCAGGAGGACCAAGGGCCAGGGGACGCUGGGCCACUGACCAUCAUCUGCCAGAACGUGCAGCCCCUGAGGAUGAGCAGCCAGCCGGGCCCUCAGAAGCGCUGCCUGUUCGUGUGCAGGCACGGCGAGAGGAUGGACGUGGUUUUUGGGAAGUACUGGCUGUCCCAGUGCUUCGAUGCCAAAGGCAGGUACAUGCGCAGCAACCUGAACAUGCCUCACAACUUACCUCAGAGGAGUGGUGGUUUCAGGGAUUAUGAAAAGGAUGCUCCCAUCACCGUGCUGGGCUGCACCCAGGCUCGGCUCGUGGGGGAAGCCUUGCUGGAAACCAACACCAUUGUAGACUACAUCUACAGCUCGCCCUCGCUGCGCUGCGUGCAGACAGCUCACAACAUCCUGAAAGGCAUGCAGCAGGAGAACAGCCUGCGGAUCCGGGUGGAGCCCGGCCUGUUCGAGUGGACCAAGUGGGUGUCGGGGAGCUCGCUGCCCGCCUGGAUCCCGCCCGCAGACCUGGCUGCAGCCACGCUCAGCGUGGACACAACCUACAGACCUCACAUUCCUGUCAGCAAGCUGGUGGUUUCCGAGUCCUACGACUCCUACAUAAGCAGGAGCUACCAAGUGACGAAGGAAAUCAUCAGUGAAUGUAAAGGCAAAGGAAACAACAUCCUGAUCGUGGCUCACGCAUCCUCCCUGGAGGCCUGCACCUGCCAGCUGCAGGGGCUGUCCCCCCAGAACUCCAAGGACUUUGUACAGAUGGUCAGAAAGAUUCCCUACCUGGGCUUCUGCUCCUGUGAAGAGCUGGGGGACACUGGGGUGUGGCAGCUCACAGACCCUCCCAUCCUCCCCCUCACUCAUGGACCAACUGGAGGCUUUAACUGGAGAGAAACCCUCCUGCAGGAGUAGGGGGGAGCCAGCAAGGACAGCCCUUCCCAGCGCUGGAGAGAGUCUCCUCUUCAUCUUCAUCAUCCUCUUCCUCCUCCUUGUGUUACUGCCAGCAGGAAAACCCCUCCUCAUCUGUCCCUCCAAGCACACCUCACUCAGCCACAGCCCUGCAAAAAGUCUUUUUUUACAUUGAUCAGCGAAUUUACAACAAAAUGCUCUGAUUUGAGGGUGGGAAAAAUAAAUAUUAAAGGCCAGCUUGAGGCUCUGGCAGAGCUCGGGGUUGGUUUCCUCUGGUGACACUUUCACUGCCACUGCAGCAGCAGCAGGGACAGGGAGCCCUGGCUCGGGCAGGAUGCUGGGGUUGUGUUCUCGUUCUGUUUUUGCAGCCUUGUUCAGCACCUCCUGCUGGCUCCACUCGCAGCCCC